ACUUUGGUAUUUGAUUUAGUUGAAGGAUGAACCGGCUUCCAUUUAAAACCCAAAAAUUUACCGAAAUUCCUUGCACAAUAUUUGGAAUGGCCACAUUUGAUAUCUUGGAAGAUAUUCUUGUUAGCUUGGCAAAUGAAAAUGAGAAUGUUCUUGAAAGCCUGUCGGCGCAUGCUGGCUGUUUUAAGCAACCAAAGGUGAUAGAGCUCAUUUUCUUGUUAGCAGAGCAUUGGUGCCAAGAUUGCUCCACUAAGUAUCAAGCAGUAGAACUUCUUGACAGGUUCAUGAUCUUAUACAUAAAGCAGUUGUAUAAAUCCAGUACAGAAAAUAGGAAUCUGAUGGAAAUCACAGAGGCAUGGGCAUCAGCAAAAGCCAGCCUGUGCAAAAGGUUCAUCCUCUACCUGGUGUCUUGUAUUCAGAUUACUAGCAAGUUGAAUUUCCACUAUCAUAUUAUCAAUAGUAAUGCAGUCAUCCAGUUUCUGAGAUCUGCAGGUUACUCUUAUACAAAGAAAGAUUUACUGCAGUCUGAAAUGACAGUGUUAAAAACUCUAGACUUCCAUAUCAACAUCCAAUCUCCUUUCACAUUUGUGGAGAUGCUAUUAGAAGUUUUAGGCUAUAAUGGCUGUUCUCUGCCACUAAAGCAAGUGUAUGAUAUGAGUGUGAUGGUAUUGGAUUUGGUUUAUUUGCUUAGAAAUCCUAUUUAUGAAACUGUACUUAAGUCAACAGUGGACUUGCCAACUCCAACUGAUAUACAGAGGAGCAAAUUUCUGGCUGUAAAAGAAGAUGGGAUGCUUUUGGGUACUGGGAUCAUUGCAGCCAGCACCUACAUAAUAAGCCAGAACUCAUGGAAACAGGUUAUGGAACAUUUAAGCAACAUUACAGCAAUCACAGUGAACUCAAUCUUUGAAAUGUGCUCUGCAAUACUAAAACAUUCCACUGGGAUCACUGUUAUGACAAUACAGUAAGACAUGUCAAUACUUAUUUUGGGUCAGGAAGAAUGUGAGCACAUGCAGACUUUUUUAGCGUGUAGCCCUUUUCAGCAUCAAUAUCAAGUAUGCGUACAUGUCAGUUUAAAGUUAAUGGUUUCGAACCUUGUUUCCUUCAGAUGUUGUAACCAAUAAAAAAAAGUUUAGGAAAUAUAUUAAAGUAAUAUGUAUUUGGACAUGCUGUUUAAUUCACCUAUAUGACAACCAAUAAAGCACCUUUGUUUUGUUUAAAAAAAA